AUGAUUAAUAAGGAUAAAAUUGUUGAUGGAGUUGUUUUUAAAGACGAAGAUGAUCCUGAAGAAACAGUUGUUUUUAAUUUCCAUACUUGGGUAGAAAUGCUUAAAGCAAUUAUCGUUAAGUAUGCAAAUAAAAAAGAAGAUGAGGCUGAAUUAAUGGUUUUAUCGUCUUCAUUAGUAUGUAAGCCCAUUGAUAGUUAUCUGGCAGUAUGUCUUCGUAGCCAUGAACUUGAGUAUCAUUGGGCAAUGCUGAUAGCUUACGGUGAACAGUUUUGGUUGAAAGGAGUAAGCUCUAAACAACCAGAUGAUUAUUUAAUAUUGGACGAGAGUUAUAGAAAAGACCACAAUCUAGCUGAAGAAAGUUUUGUAUUUAACGAUUAA